UUAUAAUCGAUACAACGCGCCUAAAAGUUAAUGGAUUGUUAUUUAAUGUAACGCUGUAGUAGUUCAUCUGACAUUAUGAAGGUUAUUGUGUGAGUGAAGCGCAUCCACACGAGUAACAGAGAAGGCGCGAGUGACUACUAAAUGACAAAGUGUCCAAACACACAGAUAAACUCCUGCUGAAGUGAUUGAGAUCCACGUGACACUUAUAAAGAUGGAGUUUAUUAAAGAGGAGAGUGAAGACAUAAGGAUUAAAGAAACAUUCAGUCUGAAACAUGAAGAUGCCGAGGAGCAAAGAAAGAUGGAGUUUAUUAAAGAGGAGAGUGAAACCAUGAAGAUUGAAGAAACAUUCAGAGUCAAACAUGAAGAUACUGAGGAACAAACAGGCAUGAGCCCACUGAAAGAGGAGAGUCAAGAAAUGAAUGAAGCAGAGAAAGAUUGGUGUGAGAAACUUGAUUUCAUGACUGCAGAACAAUCCACUGAAACGACUUCAUCAGGAAACAGAGCUCAACCAUGUCCUUACAUAUGUGGUCAGUGUGGAAAGAGUUUUGGAACUAAAGUAAAAAUUUAUCAGCAUAUGAGAAUUCACUCAAAAAAGAUCAUAUGUCAGCAGUGCAAAGAGAGUUUCCCAGACAGGCAACAGCUUAAGGAUCAUGUCAAAAUUCACAUGGGAAAGAAGCCUUUCAUAUGUCAUCUUUGUGGAAAGAGUUGCUCAAAAGAAGGACGCCUCAAGGAUCACUUGAGAGUUCACACCGGAGAUAAGCCUUUCGCCUGCCCUCAGUGUGGAAAGAGAUUUACUCAAAAAACAAACAUUAAAGCCCACCUGAGAACUCACACUGGAGAGAAGCCCUUCACUUGCACUCAGUGUGGUAAGAGUUAUACUUGUAAAGACACCCUUAAUGACCACUUGAAAAUUCACACCGGAGAAAAGCCUUUCACCUGUCAACAGUGUGGAAAGAGUUUCAUUAAAAAACAAAACAUGAAAGUCCACAUGAGACUUCACACUGGAGAAAGACCUUACACAUGUCUUUGGUGUGAGGAGAGCUUCAUCUAUCGAAAAGACCUGAAAGAUCAUUUGCGAACUCAUUCUCGAAAGGAAUUCCUGUGAUCCUCAGUGUAGUAAGAGGGUUACAAGAUACAGAGGAUUCAGAAAUAACCUGCAUAUUCACUGUGGUGGAGGCCGUAUAAUUUUUUUAAAAUAUAAUUUAAAAUCAUCACACUUAAAGAUACACAUGAAAAAGGUCUUGAAGAUGUAAGACCGUUGAAUUUGCCAUAGUUUUGAUACAGUUUCAUUACUGUAACAAGUACUUUAUAGUGUUGUUCUUUUGUUACUGGUAAUUAAAUCCCUUAGUUUCAUCUUUAAAAUAAUAUAAACAUUGUGUAACGUGAAGAUUUAUUCAGAAUAGUGGCAGCAGCCUUCCAUUUCCUGCGUAGAAGUUACAACUUAACAUGGGCAUCAGUUAAACUGACAAAAAUUCUCUCAACCACUGGCAGAGCCAGAAGCAGGUCCAAUGUGGUAAUGAACCCUAGGCGCCACCCCAAAAUUUUAUUCACUACUGAUAGUUUUAUGCUGAUUGACAUCUCAUUUCACCUUUUGUUGUAAAAGCUUUUUGUUUUGUUUUUAUCCCAGGGUGGAAAUCACUUAAGCAAUUUUACUUGAUCAAUGUACUGAAGUACACUAGUCAACAUAUGAAGCUGAUCAAAACCUUUCAUCAGAGUUGUUCUAAAACAAAAAUGUGUUCUUGUCUUAGGACAACUUUGAUUCACUUUUUUUUUUUAUCCACUUCAAAUACCUAUACAGCUGGGACCGCUCCAUCUUUCAGUAUCAAACGAUGUGCAAAUACAGCGUCGAACUGGGCCUUGUUUAUAAAAUGUUCAUCAACAAACACACUUGCAAAACUCCAUUGCUGCCCAAUGGAUUCUUUAGGAAGCUGAACAAGAUUAUCUUUCCCUUUCAACCAAAAGCACAGUUAUUUAGAGACAUUCUUCUCGAGCGAGUCCUGCGCAGUACAGCCGAAUGAAGCUCAUUAAUGGUCACGUCCUCGCUCCGGUUGACGUGUGUGUGGGCGCACUCUUCUGGGAGAAAUACCCAUAUAAGGAGUUCGACCCUUCAUGAUGUCAUGAAGUGCCAUAAUCAAAAAAACUUUCUGAAACUUGUAAGAAACUCAGAAGUAUGUAUUUGGCUCAGAAAUACUCUGUUGUACAUCCAAAUCCUUUUUUGAUAUUUUUUUAAAGAGUUGGAUUCUCAUGCUAAACAUGGCCAGUGUAAAUAGCUCAACAUGCAUGAAACAGCAUUGGACCCCCUUUUAAGUAUAAAACAUUUUUGAAUUUCAAAUGUAACCUUGGUUCCCUGAGAAGGGGAAUGAAACACUGCAUCUGCUGAUGCUAUGGAGAACCACGGUUACAUUCAGAACCCGAGACGUUCCCUUUCCAAUGGGAACUCGCACUGUGUCUGCUGACAAUAUGGGAAGCUGAGGAGAAUUCCUGCCACACAAUCUAAGCAUUGCCACAGUGAACACAACAUAAAACUCAAUAAACUUAACUGCCUGAAGUCAAUAAAGUCCCCUUCUCUGGAUCAACUCAAUGCCAGAAAUGUGAGACAAAAUACCCUAUGGCCACUAACCAAGCUUUGAGUCCUAUACAAGAAAAGUUUCAGCUUUUUCCAACCUUCCUCACUUCCUUGCAGGCAACGGUGUCUGGCUCGAGGACAGAGAUUAAAGAUCUGGUUAUGUUAGCCCUGUAUGCUAGACACCACCUUUAACCCUUAAAACUCAGUUUUUGUGUGUGUGUGUGUUGAUUUCCGCCUUGAAAUAACAUAUCUAAGCUUGAUGACUGCCCUUACUCACAUACAAUACAUAGAUGCACAAUAUUGGUGUUAUUAUUUAAAGGAAAACCUUUUAGAAAAUAAAAACUAUCAAAUGUAAUAAAUACUGUUGUAUUUGUUCAAAAUAUAAAAAUAAACAAAAAAAAUAAGCAAUUGUUUGUUUUUUUUUUCUUUGAAUCCUGUAUUUGAGAGUGAAUAACUCAAGCUCUGUAUGCUUCAGCUAUUGUAAGUUUUAUUUGAUUCUACUAGAUGUCAGCAAACACUGGAAAAGAUAAUUUUUAAUCCAGCAUUUUCCAUUAAAAAAGUUUUUUUAUUUUUUUUUUAAGCAAAGGGAGGCAAAGUGGUCUUUUAGUGGCGUUUUGGAGUCUCCAAAGUCCUGACUGCAAAACAAGCUAUUAUGAAGAAGCCUACAUUUACUAUAUGCAAUAUGUGACAAAAGAACUAAAAAAACAGGUUUCAUUCUUCUCAAAGAGGCUUAUUAAAUUCAAUAUACAGUGCAAAUAAUGGG